ACUACUGUCACCAUGGGUGAAACAGAAUUAUGGAGUGGUGUUUUCGAUCCCAUUCUCUCUGCUUUGUUGUUGGAUCCUGAUCGUAAUGUGUCAUUGAGAUGGACCAACGUUGUUCCAGAUGACGGUAGUGCUAGCGAAGUAGUCCGUGUGCAACCCGACGCAAUGAUUUGCGAGAUUGAUCAGCUUAGUUGGGGACGUCCAUUGGGAUACGGCGAGGCCAAAUUGGCAGAACCAAGUCCAAAUAUCGACUGUUUGGCCAAUGACAUCUUGAGAUUAGUGGUUAUGAAUGCCAAAGCUGUUGAAAAAUCCAAAUUGUGUGGUGUUCUAGGGUUCCAGAUCCAUGGUAAAUGUUAA